AUGGAUGUUGUCAGGUUGUUAAUCCUAGAGCUCUUCAUCACAAAUCUCUUUUGCAACUCUGGGGCGACAAUGGCUUGGACCUUUUUGACUAUGAUCGACACAUUAGAAGCUAUGAACAGCUACAACUGGGCACAAGGAGUCUUAGAUUACAUGCAUUAUGGACUGGACCAAGCCAUAAAAAAUAAAAAGGACAAGACAAAUCAACCAAGCGUCAGUGGUUGCCUUGUGCUAAUCCUGAUAAAAGCUGCUGACAAUGAAAAAGAAGAAGCAACAAAGACUGAUCAUGCAGACCAUGAAGAACAAGAAGAAAAUGAAGAGGAUGAUGACUUUGUUAUCACACUUAAAGAUUGGUUAAAAAGUCAAACACAAAAAGGAAAAAGCCAGACUGUUAUUACCCAGAAACAGAACUUCAGCUUCCAUGAAAAUGUGGACCAAAGUGCAACCCAGACAAAAACUCCACAACAUGAGCAAAAUGAAGACAAUGCACAAUCAUUGGGAUGCAAAGCAGAUGAUGAAAUUGAAGAACCACCAGCACAAUCAUUGGAAUGCGAAGCAGAUGAUGAAAUUGAAGAACAAGCAGUUGACCUUAGUGCAGACUCAGUGACGGAGGAGGACACUGUUAAUGUCCAGCAACAGAACCCAGAACUUGACAGCCAAGAAGAAGACUUCGACUCCAUUUUUGUGGACAUAGUGGGGUCAAUCCCAGAGUACUACAAGCAUGAAAUAGCCCUACCCAUGAGAAAAAUCCAACAGCUGAAAGAAGCAGUCGACUAUUGGAUUGAAAAGGCAGAUACUCGAAGGGAUAUGAUGCAGACUGCUAUAGAAUCCUGCAUAAAGAAAAAUUCAUUCAUUCAACAAAUAUGGACUGAAAAAGAAGAGUUGGAGCAACAAAUUGAAUUACUGAAAAAACAGCUUGAGCAAGAGAAAAAAGAAGGUGCAAAAUUACAAGGGGAACUUCAUGCACUCAAAUCAAAUAGGAGACAGCUACAGGAACAACAUGAACUACUUGAAGGGAAAAGUUGUCCUGCAUUGAGAGCAUGA